AUGGUCGACCUCAGCGCCUACGGUCUAGGCCAGUUCAAUCUUACCCCAGAAGACAUCUUCUACGUCGAAAGUCCGAACUGCAGAGGCCCCCUCCGACACCUGAAGGCGGGGAAUCCUAAACCACCGAGACAGCGCAUUUGGUACCCCGACAACCCCCCCGACCAUGUCUUCCUCGCGCAAGUGCCGUGCAAACAGCCCGUUUCCGUGGAGAGGAUAGCUGCGUAUCCGAACAAUAACAUCCUGAGCGGCGUCGCAUGGGACUUCACCAGCCGCUUUGUCGGCGACUAUCGGCUCAGGCGCAACUUCCAUCGGGUCAUCAGCACCCUCGUCCUGAAGGAGUCGCAUGAGGCAUCCGACUUCGUCUCCUACACUGAGCAAGCUCAGAUUGACGAGGACAUAUGGCAGUUCUUUGGUGACCGGCACCUGCAGACGUCGCUGCUCCUGAGGAACCAUUUCUCGCUUCGCAUGAUCAAUACAUCGCACGGAACUUCGUUCGAGGAAGCAUUCUUCUCGAAACUGUACCAGGGGAUCUUUGACAGGGACUAUCGUCGCUGGAGGAAGACACACCUGCGCUACAGGGAGGGUCCGAGACGGCCCUCCUUCCUCCUCGUCGCUCGCAGCCGCUUGCAGUCGACGUCCGUGUUGGCGGAAUGUCCCGUGCAGAUGGUUGCCUGGCCAAACGUCGACAUCAACAAUCUGUACGCACCAUACGACAAAGCGCUUUGGGACAGCCUUAAAGGGCAGGAGAAGGUCGACGCUUGCGAUAUUCUGCUGCGCGAUGAAGCAGACGACGAGGAACUGGACGAGUACAGGCGGCGCUGGAUGGAGGAGGGCGAAAUCGUUAGGCGCGACGCGCAUAUGCCCUAUCUACGGCAAAAGGCUCGAAAGGCGUUCGCGGCCGCGUGUGCGAACCUCCUGAACUUGUACGACAUGUGCGGCUCGGUCUACGGCACCGUCAUCGCUGACCGCAAAUUUUCGCGGAUGUAUGUCCUGUCACGAGGACGGAUAGCGGUCGAGCUGUCAAACGCGGGCCAGCUUGUAAACCUUGCUCUUCCGGUGCAAGAGCGCUUCGGCCUGCCGUACUCGCAACUAAGAGAGAUGGACCUGUACGAAGCUUUAGCCCAGCGGCUGACAGACGACGAACCUCGGCCUCCGCCUUCGCCAGGUCGCUUCUUCCGGUGGCACUUCCGCGGGGAUCAGAACGUGGAGCCUCCCGAGGGGGACCCAACACCCUCGGAGGAAUGGGGAGAACGUCGCGUCACACCCGACCUCGGCGGUCUGCAGUCGUUCAUUGACUUCAUGGCUGCUGGCGUCGCUCGCCUGGGAGCUGUGCGAGCCGACGUUCCCGUUACCGAGAAACUCCCUACGCCCAUCCAGGACAGAUGGGACGCGGAGAUUGAUCACUGCCUCAUGCUCAGGGGCUUACCUCUCGAGCUCGCCACGCGUAUCAGAACCGAGUCUACGUUCCCAGACGGUCUGGAGAGUUAUCUCAACUUCACGAACGAGGAGCAGGCACGCAGGCCUGAAAGCAAGGGCCUGUGGUGCCGUGUCGUGCGCCGCUGGAAGGCGGGCAUGAACCCGGGCUGGGACCCGGAAUCGAGUGUCGAGGGCUCCUCAGAGGCUGAAAGUGAUGACACUGGCAGCGAAGCUGGCUCCAGCGCCAACGGAGACGAGCCAUUAUCCGACCCCGAGAACUCCGCCGCUAGUCAUGGCACUGGUUCUACCGGGUCUGAUGUAGGUGAAGAUGGAGGCUCGGACGAUGAUGUAGAUGGGGGUCAUGGGGAUGACAGCGCCAGCGUUGCCUCGACAGUGUACACCGCGAGAACCAAGCAGUGGAUCCUGGAAACGGGCAGCAUUAAGGGGACAAACGCCCGUUACAGCGAUUGGGAUGUGUUUGACCCAGACGAUCUCGGGCUCAACGAGAUGAACGACAGGGAUGAUGUGGCUGCCAGCGAGGCGGGCUACUCUAUGUGUUCGGCCGAGGCGGACUACUACGAGGAGUACCACCGGGUGGAGAACGAUACGUGCUUCGUACUGUCCAUUGCCGAGCAGGUGCUGCAGGAGAUGUGCCACGUCGUGCCUGUUACGAAGGAGGAGAUGGACGAGCUCGUCCAAACGCAGUACGCACUCGACUUGGAGCGUUAUAGAGAUGUCAGCAGGUGGAGGCUGAUGUUACGGUUGCUUAAGCUGGGCACGGCCGGCGGCGAUCUCCGACCCCGAGUCCUCUCGGGAACCACAGACCUUGUGACCGGGAUCUCCACUCGUUUCGCUUAUCUAUCAACUUUCUCCUCUCGCAUUUCUCCACUCAACUCCACACCCAAACUCCUCGCCAUGCCUCCUCAAGGAAUUCUGAUGUACGACAGCCUCAAGGUCGUACCGACGGGAGCGCGUCUGCUGGGUCUGGAGUGCUUCAGUGCCGUGAACCUGUGGACGCCACCUGGGAACCGGGGCGUGUUUGGUGGCCAGAUCAUUGCGCAGGCCCUCAUGGCCGCCAACCAGACAAUAGACGGGAUGGACCUGCACUCGACGCACUGCUACUUCCUCCUGCCGUGUGAUUCGCGUAAGAGUGUCACGUACGCCGUCGAGCGGCUUCGUGAUGGCAAAUCAUACAGCACGAGGCUGGUGCACGCGAUCCAGGACAGCGAGACCAUCUUCACGCUGACGUGCUCGUUCUCCAUGCCUCGCGGCAAUAGCGGGACGAAGCGCUUCCAGCGCGAGUUCCCGGAGGACAUCACGCCGUUCCGCGACGCGUACGACAACAGGUGGAACGACCACAUCACCGUCAUGUCCGACUUUGGCGUUAAGAUCGCCGAUACGGAGGAGAACCGCCAGAAGUUCUUCGCGUCCAAGGAACGUCCUCUGACCGCCUUCGGUGCCCGGCCCCAGGAGGGCAAGUACUUCAACCAGCGUGCGGUGUGGCUUCAGCCGCAUCUCGGUGACUCGCGCAAGCUCACGCCGAACGAGAUCAGGGCCAUGAUCGGAUACGUGACGGACACGCAGGCGAUCGCGACGGCUGGCCGAACCAUCGGCCUCAGCGCUGACAGCAACCCGAAGCUCGGCAUGGUGGCUACGAUCGACCACACGAUUCACUACUACCCCUUCCCCGAGGGGUAUGACGGCACGCAGCCCCUCCUGCACGUCCUGGAGGCGCACAUUGUCGAUCUCCAGGUCGGGCGCGGAUACAUUACAGGAAGGGUUUAUACGGAGGACGGAGUGCUCAUCGCGACCACGAGCCAGGAGGGCGUCGUGCGCGCUCAGGCGCCGGGGGUCAAGCCGCGCCGAGAGACGGCCAAGCUGUAG